AUGAACGAUGAGGAGGAACGGAUCUACAUGUACCAUGACAUUUUCUCUCAUAGUCUGAGUGGCGAAGAGAACAGCGAUGGAGGAGAAAGGGAAAAGAGGAAGAUUCAAAAAAAAAAAAAAAAACUGAGCGAUAGUAACUUAAAGAAUGGAGAGAAUGAAUACAGUAAGUUGAGGGCAGAAACUUCUACCAUUUUAAAUGACUAUUUUGAUGUAGAACCCUCCAGAUGUUUUAACCCUGAGGGGGGUGAAGCGUCCUUGGAGAAUGACUUCUUGCAGUUUCCACAGAACAAGGAGCAGACACUGGAUAUCUUUGAUGGGGAGCUCACCGGGAAUAAGCACUCCGUGCAGUUGCGCAAGCCCGGGUUUUACUGCAUCUACGUGGAAAAUGGCAACAAUAGCAAAUGGGACAGCAUCUACUUCGGACUGUCGAAGAUGCAGGUGGAGCUGAACUACAAGCUGAUUCUGCAGGACGAGGAGAAGGCCCCCCAGGGGAAGGCCGAGGAGCGGUGCAGGAGGGCCGCUCGGGGGAAGCCGCAGCGGAAGCGGCAGGUAGCCGACCGUAGGGAGGAGGAGGAAGAAGAAGGAGAAGGAGAAGAAGACGGCGAAGAAGAAGAUGCAGACGAAGAGGCAGACGAAGAAGCAGACGAAGAUGCAGACGAAUACGACGGCGAAUACGACGGCGACGCGAACCCGAAGAGAGACCCCCUGACGACGGAGAGCGCCAACCUAAGUGACGAAAUUAGCAAAAUCUGCAAAUUUAACUUCGCGCAGACGGACGGCCCGUUUGACGAUUCCAAAGAAAGGAGAAACCCGAAACAGAUAAGCAAAAUGAAGGGGAGAAAAAAGAGCUACUACGAUCAAUUGAGGGAGAAGCCUAGGAAGAAGAAGAAGAAGAAGAAGGAGUCUGCCCUAUUUGAAGAGAACAAGACGAACACGGAGAGCUUCACCUGCACAUUCCACAGUGAAAAUCAGAUAAGGGUCUCUUCUAAGAAAAAGAAAUAUGUUUAUAUGUAUAACAAGAGUGCCAACAGCAUGCUGCACUUGAACGUGAGCACCUGCAUGUCCCUGGGCAUGAGCAUCCAGUGCCGUUACGGCUUGCUCUACUGUGGGAAGUACCACCAGAUUCCGCGCGACCCCUACACGCCCUUCAGGAAGCCUGUGUCCAUCCUGUCCCUGGACGGAGGAGGCAUCCUGGCCAUGUCCACCCUGAUCGUGCUGAACCGCAUAGAAAACGAAAUCCGGAAGGAAAUUGGGAACGACGACGUGAAGCUGAUCGACUGCUUCGACAUGGUGUGCGGCACGAGCGCAGGCGGGCUGAUUUCCCUGGCGCUGCUCAAAGAGAUGGGGCUCAGAGACGUCACCAACCUGUUGCCAAGCACCAUGCAAAAGAUAUUCGAGGGGAAUAGGAACAUCAUAUCUGGCAUUCUAUUCGAAGGCUACGACAUUAACAAUGUGAAGGAUUUAUUUAUGGAGAAGAUAGGAAGCAGAUUCAUGUCCUCCCACAAGAGAGUCUACUGCUUCGUGACGGCAACGGAUGUGAAACAUAACCCGUAUAAGUUGUUUCUGCUGAGGAACUACUCCCAUAAGUAUAAUGCCAUAAAUGGAGAGUCUUACGAAGGGAUCAAUAAGGUUCCUUUGUGGCUAGCUGCCUGGGCUACUGCAUCUGCUCCGACGUAUUUGAAAGGACCUAGUUCGGAGGACAUAAAAAAUUUGGGCUUCCACAUAAAACCGGAGAUACACCUGGUGGAUGGAGCUCUCAAGGCGAGCAACCCAGCCCUUAUCGCUCUGGAAGAGUGUGCCAGGUUAAGCAACAAAAAUCUUUCUGCCUUUAUUAAGGAGGAGCUAGAUACUCUCGUUUCAAUUGGCACUGGAAAGUCACCCACGAAAUUGACUCAGUCAGGGGCUAGCGGCAAGUCUGCUUCUACGUUUGAGAUUUUGCUUAACUCCGCUCACCUACUUACCCGAGCGAAUGAAACGCAUCGAGAGGUGCUGCAGUGGCUCUCCGACAGGGAGAACACCUACUUCCGCUUCAACGUGCCGAACAUUGGGGACAUAGACAUUGACAGUCAGGACGUGCGGGACUUUGAUAUCAUCGCCAAGGCCACGCGCGACUACCUCUUUGAUGAGAAGUUCUACGAGAUUAAGAGGCUGGCCCAUAAGCUCGCCAAUAACUACAUGCGCUCCAGGUACCUCUAG